UAUUGAUGGCGAGUGUAUCUGGCAUCGGCAUUUUUGAGAUUUCAGUGCAGUUUUUGAAAUUGUUCCAGAUUAGUAAUCUUUAAUAUCAAUCGCUAGCGCAUAUUUAUCGCUACAAGAUUGUGUUGUGCUAUAAUCAUCACUACUGGGUCAAAUAAACAUUAGUCAGUAUUCUAACCUCCAAAGAAUCUAGUCGUCAAGUUAUUAGUGUUAGUAAAUUGAAUCUUCAAAGAUGACGAUGGAUAUUCGGCCAAAUCACACGAUCUACAUAAACAAUUUGAACGAAAAGAUCAAGAAAGAGGAGUUAAAGAAGUCUCUAUAUGCUAUUUUCUCACAGUUCGGCCAGAUUUUGGACAUUGUCGCAUUGAAAACCCUAAAAAUGCGAGGACAGGCAUUUGUUAUUUUUAAGGAAAUUUCAAGCGCAACAGUAGCUUUAAGAAGUAUGCAAGGAUUUCCUUUCUAUGACAAGCCCAUGAGAAUCCAAUACUGCAAGUCUGACAGCGAUGUCAUUGCUAAAAUCAAGGGCACCUUCCAAGAGCGCCCAAAGCGUCCCAAGAUGCCCAAAGGCCUGGACGACAGCCGCAAAAAGAAGAACAAGGAUGCCCGCGCCAGCAUGAUCCCUGGCUUUGGCCAGCCGAGCAUCCUGAACCAUACCAACAUAGAGCAGCCGCCUAACCAAAUCUUGUUCCUUACGAAUCUGCCGGAUGAGACCUCGGAGAUGAUGUUGUCUAUGUUGUUUAACCAAUUCCCUGGCUUCAAAGAAGUCCGCCUCGUACCAAACAGACAUGAUAUUGCCUUUGUGGAGUAUGCGAACGAGAUGCAGUCAGCCGCAGCAAAGGAGGCCCUUCAGGGUUUCAAGAUCUCUCCCUCACACGCUAUGAAGAUCACCUUCGCCAAGAAGUAAUAGAUUAUGCGAUUGAUUUGUAUAUUAUGAAAUAAAGUACAAAAAAUAUUGAGAUCUGUUUUGAGCAUUGCACUACGCCUAAACAGCUCUCCUGGCUGUGAUUAGUUAUUUAAA